GAGAUGUAAUAUACAAGACCUUUUUUUGCUUUGAUGUUGGCAAAUCAAUUGAUUGACUUCCUGACAAUAUUGCCACACCAGCUGGAGUAGACUACCUAAAUAUUUGACAAGGCAUGUUCUUAAUCUGGUACUGAAGAUCCUAUGUUGUUUUCAGCUUUUCAAAUUUUGUAAAACAUUUCUUCUUACUGAUGAGGAAUAAUUAGUAUAAAUUGAAUACUUUAUUUAGCCAAGUAUGAUUAGACACAGUAGGAAUUUGUUUCCAGUGUCUUCACAGGUUGCUAGUUAUUUCUUCUGGCCUCUAUAGUCUUCCUGUCUGUCUGCCUUGAACUUUAUUAAACCCAAAAUAUAGUAAACAAUGCAAUAAAGAAAAAUACAACUGUGUCUUUAUAUCCUACGAUUAAGCUCAAAUCUCCAGCGAGGAUCUUUGCAUCAUCCUUUGGUUUCUUUUUCUCAUAUCAAACGCAGAGGCAAGUAGAAAAACAGUAUCCGAUUUUCCAAACCUUAUGUUCAACUCCCAGUAAUGACAAUUACACAAUAUAAUCAGCUAUAAUUCUUACAGUUUUGACCUAGAACUGGAAAUCCUUGUUAUAUCUUGUUGGGUUUACCUAAUACGAUAUACCAUAGUUUAAUAUAUCUUGAUUACAUACAUCAUAAUUGGCUGGAUUUAUACUCAGAUUUAACCAUAACCAAAUCAGCCAUAAUUUUUAAUUACGGUAAACAAAUUAGCCAUAAUAACCUAUUGUUAGUGUUUUUCUACCUUUAAAAAAAAUGCUCAUGUUUAUUAGUAUAAUUAGCAUAUAUAAUAAUAAAGAAAAUAUAUUUUGAUCAGUGGUACCUGUAUAAAAGUUACUGCUGUAAACCUUGGCUCAUCCAGUAUACUUGGUUAAAAUGUAUUGUUUAACUUUGCUCAAUGUGCUGUGUGAAACCAGGAAAUUGUAUUAAUGUAGUUACAUUGAGGUUCAGUAAAACAUACAUGAGCACAGUUUAUAUCAAUGACUUCAAAAGUCUCAGUAAAAGUAGUUUAUUUGGGAAGAAGCUGUAAUAGGAGGUAAAACUGUAUAACUUAUAAACAUGUCAUUUGUUAAUUUCUAUAGGCCAUUUGGUAUGUCCACUUGAUGCAUGAAACUUGUUAAAGAUAGCCCUCGUUAAUUCUGAUAAUAGAGCAACUGAACCUUAGAAUAACAUUUUGGCUCAUUACCUUAAUAUUAUCCCAUCUAAGAGACACAUUAUCAAUAGCGCAAUACUAACUCCAUUAAUUAAUACCAAUUAAUAUAACCAGCUAAACACUGAACUGUCAUUUGACAGUCAUAAACAAAACCAUGUUCAUUUAAGUAUUUAUUGCAUGCAAAAACAUGAUUGGAUAAAACAGAAACAGCAAUUGUGAGACACUGCAAGUCACAUGGUAACAUUAGGUAAGCUAACAAUAUGAUGUGAGGCAUAAUUUCAGUGAGAGUGUAUAUACGUAUGUGAAUACACUCAAAAGGAAUAGUUUAUCUCUACUGCCAAACCGGUUCAUGCCUGAGGUUUUAGCUGAAACAAGAAUUUGAACAUCCACAACAAAAUACGAAACCAGGACAACUUUCUCUACCCUGAUGCAGAAGUGGACUAUAACUUCCAGAAUUUCCAUCAUCAUGCCCUGUCUUAGGCUAUAGUUCAACAGAUCUGAAGGACACCAAAGAACUUUCUUCUCUAAGUUUCUUACUGGUAUCCUGUAUCUCUAAUUUUCCUUGUCAUGGAAACCAUUUCUAACAUUCUACAAGAUGUGCGCGAUUACUGGGCUGAUCAUUUUUCUCGUAGAUUCUAUCCAAGAAGGCCAGCACUUCGCCAAGCAACUUCAUUAUCCACCUUUUAUUUAUUGGACUACAAAACCCGACAAGCUGAACUUGGAAUGGACUAUGGCCAUCCAUGUGCUCAGCUGAACAAAACAAAAUUUGUCUUCCACGGUGGUGAGUGGCAAAAUGAGGGUGUCCCCCAACAGAUGCCCUUAUUACAGUUAUUCCCCUCUCCAGAUAAGGAAUCACCCAGCAAAGCCCUGAAGAAAGCAAACAAAGCCUUACUGGAAGAGAACAAUUACUUGAAGCUACAGCUUGAGCUGCUUAUGGACAUGCUGACAGAGACCACAGCACGACUUCACUUAGUAGAAAAAAAGCUGGACACUACAACUUGGCAUUCAAAUAUGAAAAAGUCAAAUAACAAAGUGCUGAUGCUUCGAGCUUAAUAAACAGCUUAGAUAUAAGAUCUAAAAUAACUGUAUUUGUGAAGUACUGAUGUCCAGACACUUAAUACAAUCUUGCAAAAAAUAAUUUUGUAAUGGCUUUGAUUAUUUUUGCUGUGUUUUAACUCACUGAGGUGCUGGGGAGAGAAGAAACCUUGCCAUUAUAUUUAGUUCUGAUGGUGGGUAGACUCAAAAGGAGCAGCAAUUGCUUCUUGGAUAGACUAUGCUGCUGAUAUGAGCACCUGUCCCAGAAGCAACUCUCCAGCAUGACUUCCAGGAUGCCGAUUCAAUUGUUUCUGUUGUUAUUUCCUAGCACAGUGGUUCUCAACCUGUGGGUCGGGACCCCAUUUGGGGUCAAAUGACCAUUUCACGGGGGGUCGCCAAACCAUGCUGUCCGCC